UAGCCAGAGGACGCCGGGAUUGACCAUGACGGAUCAUGCAUACCCAGUCGUUUUAGACGACUAUCCAGACUUAUCACCAACAGAAGUGUACGCAUGCUACUCUACUUUCUGGCUUGAUAUUCAAAGGCUCUUCCCUCGUCUCGGAGGAGAGAAUUAUAACAACGUGUUGCUACUUGCUAGUGGUUGCCGUCUAAAUCAGUCUGAUUUAGACGGUUCCACAAAGAUGUUCAGACUUCAGCGUCGAUGGGGAGACAAUUUUUCAGUAUCUAGGAAGAAAAUUGAACCUGUUGGACCACUUUCUCUUCGAUUGCACACGUGGAUGGUGAUGUGUCUCUUGCUUGCGACUUAGCAAAAUUACUAAGUACUAUAAAUUUUAUGGAUUUACUUCUUAGUAAAUAAUCAUGGGCAGUUGUUUGCCACUGUCACGCGCACAUACAGCAGUACUACUUAGAUAGGAUAGCCACACCGGUACUAGUUGUUUAUCAGCCACAAAAUAUCGUAAUAUUUUCCUUGCCAGAGAGCUCAAGGCAUGGCUCCGAGGGAGCACAUCUUCUUCCUCCUCUAUGCCAUCCCACUCCUCGUUCUUCCCUGUGCUGCAUCCACAACCAGCAACGACAGUUUCAGUUUUCUAUACAACGGCUUCUCCGGUGUCAACCUCACCCUCGACGGCAGCGCCAAGGUGACGCCGGAGGGGCUCCUCGAGCUCACCAACGACACCAUCAACCUCGGCCACGCCUUGUACCCGACCCCGCUGAGCCUGCGCGGGUCGCCCAACGGCACGGUGCGGUCCUUCUCCCUCAGCUUCGCCUUCGCCAUCCUCUCCGUCCACGACGGCAUAAGCGCCGACGGCAUGGCCUUCUUUGUCGCCCCCACCAAGAACCUCUCCAACACGUGGGCGCAGUACAUGGGCCUCCUCAACAGCGGCAACAAUGGCAACGCCAGCAACCACAUGUUCGCCGUCGAGCUCGACACCACCCAGAACAAGGAGUUCCAGGACAUGGACAACAACCACGUUGGCAUCGACAUCAACAGCCUCAACUCCUUGCAGGCCUACCGCACUGGGUACUACGAUGAUGAGAGUAGAGCCUUCAACAACUUGACUCUUAUCAGCGGCAAGGCGAUGCAGGUAUGGGCUGACUAUGAUGGGGUGUCCACGCAGAUCAACGUGUUCUUGGCUCCUCUGGGAGUAGCUAAGCCGGUGAGGCCGCUGCUUUCAUCUCCCUACAACCUCUCCACAGUUCUGAGAGAACCAUCGUACAUCGGCUUCGCAGCCACUACCGGCGCAAUCAGCACGAUCCACUGCGUUCUCGGCUGGAGCUUCGCCGUAAACGGCCCUGCUCCAGCCAUCGACACAUCUAAGCUCCCAAAGCUACCACGUCUUGGCCCAGAGCCUCGCUCCAAGGUCCUGGAGAUCACCCUGCCUAUUGCCACGGCCACGUUCGUCCUUGUAGUAGGAACUGUCAUCAUUUUGUUUCUUCGCAAGAGAUUCAGGUACAGGGAGCUGCGGGAAGAUUGGGAGGUCGAUUUCGGGCCACACCGCUUCUCCUUCAAGGACCUGUUCCAUGCCACGGAAGGGUUCAAGGAAAAGAAUCUGCUUGGUGUGGGCGGGUUCGGCAAGGUAUACAAAGGGACACUCCCAAAGUCCAAACUGAAAGUGGCGGUGAAGAGAGUGUCUCACGAGUCGAGGCAAGGGAUGAAGGAGUUCAUCGCGGAGGUUGUCAGUAUCGGCCGGCUCAGACACCGCAACCUUGUGCCCCUGCUUGGCUAUUGCCGAAGGAAAGGUGAACUUCUUUUGGUUUAUGACUACAUGUCAAAUGGAAGCCUCAAUCAGUAUUUAUACUUUAAAGAUGGCAAGCCAUCACUGAAUUGGGAGGAGAGGUUACAUAUUAUCAAGGGUGUCGCGUUCGGAUUGUUUUACCUUCACGAGAAGUGGGAGAAAGUUGUCAUACACCGAGACGUCAAGCCGAGCAACGUGCUUCUGGACAGUGAAAUGAAUGCAAGACUAGGUGACUUUGGUCUCUCAAGGUUGUACGAUCAUGGCACUGAUCCACAAACCACACAUAUGGUUGGAACCAUGGGAUACCUGGCGCCUGAGUUCGUACGGACGGGCAAGGCAUCCCCUCUGACGGACGUGUUUGCAUUCGGCAUAUUUCUCCUUGAGGUUACUUCUGGGCAGAGGCCUAUCAAGCAGAACCCAUUUGGCAACAAACAUACAUUGGUCGACUGGGUUAUAGAGCGUUGGCACAACGGAUCGCUCAUGGAUACCGUGGAUCAGAGACUGCGGGGUGACUACAACAUCGAUGAUGCAUCAUUGGUGCUGAAGCUAGGGCUUCUGUGCUCGCACCCUUUUACUAGCGCAAGGCCCACAAUGCGGCAAGUCAUGCAGUAUCUCGAAGCUUUGGCGGUCGCUUAGCGGCCUUCGGGACCGGGACGCCAUCUCCGCCUUCAUCGCCGACCUUCGCUCGAUGGCCUUUCGUCUGUCGCCGCCGCCGCCCCCUCCGCCUCCUCCGGAGCCAGAUUAGGC